CAGACAUUAUUGACAUAAGCGGCUGGCUGACACCGGCUUGGAAAUUGGUCAGCACUUCCAAUAUUUUAUUGUAUAUAUCCUUUGAUAUAAUCAACAGCAUAGCAACGAUGGAUCCAGAGAGCAUUUUCUGGGCUGUGUUUGUGUUUAUGUGGCUGGUUUACCUGUGGGAGACCUACCUUUCAUACAGACAGAGGGAGCUGUAUAGGACGGUGAUCAAGAUUCCGCAGAACCUGGCAGGUGUGAUGGACCAGGAGACGUUUGAGAAGGCACGGCUCUACAACCUUGACAAAAGCAACUUUGGCUUCUACGUAGGCAUCUGGGGAGAAAUAGAGCACUCCCUGAUUCUUAUAUACGGAGGUAUCCCAUUUCUGUGGAAUGUAGCAGGUGACAUGAUGCAGAAUUACGGCUAUGAUUCAUCCUAUCAGAUCAUCCAAUCUGUGUUAUUUCUGACACUGGCCGUGGUUUUCUCCACGAUAACCAGUAUGCCCUUCACUGUAUACAGUACCUUCGUAAUUGAGGAGCGACACGGAUUCAACAAACAGACCCCUGGCUUCUUCGCCAAGGACCAGGUCAAGAAAUUCUUUGUGUCCCUGGCCAUCGGGAUGCCGAUCACGGCUCUACUGAUCUACAUCAUCCAGAUGGGCGGAGACUACUUCUUCAUCUAUGUCUGGGUCUUCCUGCUUGUUGUCUCCCUGUUGAUGAUCACCAUCUAUGCUGACUACAUCGCCCCGCUGUUUGACAAAUUCACUCCUCUGCCAGAGGGAGAUCUCCGUUCAAAGAUUGAGGAGCUGGCUAAGAGUAUUGACUUCCCCCUCACCAAACUGUAUGUGGUAGAAGGCUCAAAGCGUUCGUCCCACAGUAACGCCUACUUCUAUGGUUUCUUCAAGAACAAGAGGAUUGUGCUGUUUGACACUCUCCUAGAAGAUUACUCUCCCCUCAAUGCGGACGGAGAGAAAAAGGAGGGCGAGACAGAUCCUGCCCCUGCAGAGAAGGCCCCCACAGACAGCGAUGACAAGCCCAGCGAUGACAAGCCCAAGGGCCACAAGAAGCAAGGCUGUAACAAUGAAGAGAUUCUCGCCGUCCUGUCCCACGAGCUUGGGCACUGGAAACUGGGGCACAUUGUUAAAAACCUUGUCAUUUCUCAGGUGAACUCGUUCCUGAGUUUUGCUGCAUUUGCGUUCCUGAUAGACCAGCAGGUCCUGUACUCAGCGUUUGGCUUUGACUCCCGUCCCACCAUCAUCGGUCUCAUCAUCAUCUUUCAAUAUGUAUUCUCACCAUAUAACGAGGUGUUGUCAUUCUGUGUGACCAUGCUGUCGCGGAUGUUUGAGUUCCAGGCUGAUGCAUUUGCGAAGCAGCUGAGGCAUGCUGCCCCUCUCAAGACCGCUCUCAUCAAGCUGAACAAGGACAAUCUAGGUUUCCCAGUUAAUGACUGGCUGUUCUCAACAUGGCACUUCUCCCACCCGCCACUUCUCGAGAGGCUGAAGGCCCUUGAUAAAUCAGAAUGAAUGCUCAGCUCUUCUUGGCAUUGGGACGCUUUAUUUGAUAAUCACCAUGGCAAACUUAUUAGUCACACUUAUUAGUAAAAUCAUGUGUUGAAAUUAUUCGGGAGAAUGGAAAUUUUAAUUUUUCAAAACCAGUCAGAUUGGUUACUGGUAAUAUAUUGCUAUGCUUGUUAAGGUCUAUUUAUUAUCUGCACAAUUUCAGCAGUUUUCAAUACUGAAGAUAUUUAAAUACAAAUCCUACAAUAACAGAAAGGUGUGUUAGUAUCUGUGUUUUUUUAUUGAGUUGUCUUAUUUAAGAAGGGUUACGGUAGUUAUUAUUAGUUAUUAUUUUGUAGGAAUAUCUUAUAACAAUUUAUAUAUGAAGCAUGAAGCUGAGGUAAGCUAUAAACCAAAGCUAUGCCAUGUCUCAAGUAAAGAAUCAAAUCAUUCUGUCAUAAAAGGCAAACUGUAACGUCCAAAUUGUACUAUAAUAAGAUGUAUUCAAGUGACGAUAAGUUCAAAAUUUACAGUGUGUAGAACACUAGAUGUUGCGACAGCUGUGUAUAUAUGUUUGAAAGUUAUGCUUGUCAAUACAUGCAGUGCAUUUUUUAAUAAAUAAACUGAUUUUCACUAA